UCUUAGAAACAUUGAUUGAGUGCUACAUGACAGAUUUGCCCUUGUGUUUGCAUCUUACAAUCAGAUCAUGGCGAGGGUAAAAACUAAAACCCAUUUGGGAAUAUACUAGAGAUUUGUCAGUAAUUUUAUAUUUUUGUUCCAUGUUGACAGAGAAUGAUAGAUGUUAAUAUUCUACGAAAGCAACCAAGUCCACUUUUUUUUUAGGAGUUGCUUUGCUUAGUGGAGGAGUCCUUUGAGCAAAACCACAGAAAAUGCCAUGUUCCAAAGAAGAAGCCCUUGUUAGACUCUUCUACAAUGCCUCUAGCUCCUUCCAUCUUCUCUUCCUCUUCCUCUUCUCCUCUUCACUUCUUCUCAUCAAGUUCUUUAACUUCAUUGCCAGCCUCACCAUACUCCAAAGAGAUCACCACUAUGAAUAUGUGUCUUCUGAGUAUGAUGAAGAAGAAGAAGAAGAAGAAAUUCAAGAAAAUUACCCCUAUGUCCAUGAUUCUAAUGAGUCAGAUCAUCUAGUAGCUGACAUCAUUUGUGGUGGAGAAACCCUUUUGUUUGUGCACAAGAAGCAGCCUCAGAGGACUCAUUCAUCUUCUGAAGAAUUCACAAGCCCCCGGGAUAGCCUUGUUGAAGACUCAGAAGAAAACUACUCCACAGAAACGUUGUCCUUUCACAAGUCACCUCUGGUUUCAGACUUUGAAAACGAAGAAGAGGGAGAGGAAUUUCCAACAGAAGAUGCUGAUUCUGUUCCAAAUUCUGUUCCAGUUGAAAGCAGGCCCACAUCACCCAUCACCCUGAACCUCCACAAAAGCGACUUAGUACAUAGUGACAAAAACUACAACGAAGAUCAUGUUGAAAUUGGACUUGCUGAAAACAAGAAGGUGCAUGAGGCGAGUCUCACACGGGAUGAGAGAUUCUUUGUCAUUGGUCCCACCCAAUUGGAGUCUAAGAAACUCAUUGUGGAGGAAAAGGACGAUGAAGAAAUAUAUGGUGAUUCAUGCACUGUUGGGUCCACGUCUAAGAGCUCCUCUGAUUGGAGGAGCUCCAUUAAUUGCAGAGAUUCUGGAACUGAAGACCCUUUUUCUUCCUCAUCAAGACGAAGUUGCCCCAAGUGGGAAUCAUACACAGUUUUCCAAAAAUAUGAUGAAGAAAUGUCAUUCCUAGACAGGAUUAGCGCACAAAAACUUCAUGAAGCUGAGUCUUUAAGGUCCAUCAAGGUAUCUCCGAGGUCAAUUUCAGAGCGUAUUGUGUACAAGUUUUCAAGUGGGAAUAAAAAAGCAAGUGAUGUGCGUGAGAACCCGUAUCGUGAACUGGAGGCUGCAUAUGUUGCACAAAUAUGCAUAACAUGGGAAGCCCUUAAUUGGAACUACAAGAAUUUUCAAUCCAAAAGAGCUUCGCGUGGCCAUGAUGUUGAUUUGGGUUGUCCUGCCACCAUUGCACAGAGAUUCCAACAAUUUCAAGUGUUGUUGCAGAGAUACGUAGAGAAUGAACCUUAUGAGCAUGGUAGGAGACCUGAGAUUUAUGCAAGAGUUAGGAAUUUGGCUCCAAAAUUACUCCUCGUACCAGAAUAUCGAGAAUCAGAUGAUGAUCAGAAGGAGGAUAAUGGAAUUCACUCAAAAAUAUCAUCAGCUUCAUUUCUUAUGAUAAUGGAAGAUGGGAUCAGAACGUUCAUGAGUUUUCUGAAGGCUGAUAAAGAGAAACCAUGUCAGAUUCUUGCAGCAUACUUUAGGAGAAACCGAAGACACUUGGUUGAUCCAACACUUCUCCGCCUUAUCAAGAAAGUUAAUCAAAAGAAGAAGAUGAAAGUGAAAGAUCUUCGCCGUUCCCGCAAAUGCUUGAGGAAAAGGAAGUUGAAGGGGGAAGAAGAGAUGGAGAUUUUGAUGGCUCUAAUAGACCUAAAAGUUGUGUCAAGGGUUUUGAGAAUGAGUGAGUUAAGUGAAGAACAGUUGCAUUGGUGUGAAGAAAAGAUGAGCAAAGUGAGAGUGGUGGAACGGAAGCUUCAAAGAGAUUCCACUCCACUUUUUUUCCCUGCACAUUGACCCACAAAAAAGAUUUAUAUAUAAUGCUUGGUGACUGGAUGAUGAUGAUGUGCAUGGCUGCACCAAAGGAAUAUCCAUAACACACUUUCUUUAUUGUAAAUAUAUAUGCAUGGACAAAGAAAAUGGAGGGGACCCCACAAAUCAAAGUGAAACGUGGGGUGGCAUGGAUUUUGGAGCCUGAAAUGAGAGGAAAGUUGGGUAAAGUGAAUGCUUAUGUCAUUUGAUGAAUAUUGAAAGUGAAAGACCAGAGACAAAGCAAGGAAUGAAGAUAGAGACAAGAAUAGCUUUAGUUUGCUUUAGCUUUUUACUUAGGGUUUAUCUAUUAGGGUUUUGAGGUGAUUCAAAAGAAGAAUGAAUUAACAAGACUGAAGCACAUGCAGUUGAAUAAAAAGUAGUCUUGCACUCUUGGAGAAAAAAAAAAGUAGUAUAUCACACGAUUAAGGAACGGUAGGCUUAGUGAUUUUAUUCUUUUUCUUUUUUCCAAAUAAUAUUAGAAAAGGACCCCACUUGUUGGUUUUGUGAAAGAGAAAAAAGAUAUAAGAAAGGCAUAAAUCAACAACCAUCAAAUUAAGUAGCACCAGAACCAGGACAUCUUGUAAGGCUGGCUACCAAUUUAAUUA